AUGGGUGUCAAUGACAAACCUGGUGGUAUAAAUAGCUGUGGAUGGAAACCCUUCAGCAUAGUCCCUAGUCCAGAUCCGGGGAGCAACCAUGACGACCUUCAUUUUUCUUGCUCUCUUGGGAGUCGCUGCUCCAACUUCUCUCUGUCAGUUGCUUUCCCCACUGAUGAUGACAAGAUUGUCGGGGGCUACACCUGUGAAGCGCAUUCUAUCCCCUACCAGGUGUCCCUGAACUCCGGCUACCACUUCUGUGGGGGCUCCCUCAUCAGUGACCAGUGGGUGGUGUCCGCGGCUCACUGCUACAAGUCCCGAAUGAAGGUGGGCCUGGGAGCACACAACAUUGAAGUCCUUGAGGGCAAUGAGCAAUUCAUCAAAGCAGCCAAGAUCAUCGUCCAUCCCAAGUUCAACAAAAGGACCUUGGAUAACGACAUCAUGCUGAUUAAACUGGACCCACCUGCCACUCUCAACAAUCAAGUAGCCACUAUCCCUCUGCCAACACAUUGUGCAGCUGCUGGUACCCAGUGUCUCAUCUCUGGCUGGGGCAACACCAAGAGCAGUGGCUCCAACUUCCCUGAGCUCCUGCAGUGUCUGAAAGCUCCCAUCCUGUCUGACAGCGUUUGCCACAGUGCCUAUCCCGAACAGAUCUCCAAAAACAUGAUGUGCCUGGGCUUCCUGGAGGGCGGAAAGGACUCUUGCCAGGGUGACUCUGGUGGCCCUGUGGUCUGCAAAGGACAGCUCCAGGGCAUUGUCUCCUGGGGCUAUGGCUGCGCUCUGAAAGGCAAACCUGGUGUCUACACUAAGGUCUGCAACUAUGUGAACUGGAUUCAGAAGACUAUCGCUGACAACUAAACGGCGUCAUCUCUUCAUGACCCUCCAUGUUAGUCAGCUUCA